AUGGCAGCUGUAACUUUUCCCAUUGUUAUUCCCGGCCUCCAUGCCCCACCUACUGUUAAAGACCUUUUGCGAUCCUCUCAGACUUACAAUCUUCUACCAGACGAUGGAGACCAGCCCGAGGUGCCAAAGAUCCACCUUCAGGAGCUUGCGAGAAUCUUUGCACGCUUCAAGGUUCAGAACAUAUUUGGACUCCAUCUGAUCCAUGGACACUUCCAGAUUGAGGAAGGCAAAAUCAUGCUGGGGACGCCCCUUACAUCUGUUCGGGGAUGCUGGACCCAGCCCACCCCCAUCAGAGACAUCAACCCGGCAGAGAUCCAUGGUCAUAUCUUCAAACUGACAGUCAGUGGCGAGAUGCAAGCCUACGAGUAUCGCCAAGGACCGACCCUUUGCCUAGAUGAUGUCGAUCCUAUGUUCUUCCAGGAACUGAUUAAAUACCUUCAAACCCAUCAUCUGGUUGAUCUCCUAGGGCUCCAAGUUCUUGGUAAUGAUGCACCAGCAACGAUGAGUGAGUUCAUCCUCGCGAAUAAAGGCACAGUCAUGCUGGAUGAAAGGGAUGUGAAGAGCCGUGGGGAAGCUUUCUGUAUCACGGGGUUUAUUCUUAAAGAGCAGUUCAAGGACAGUGAGAAGCAUGCACCAACUAUCAGAGAGACCCACCAGGUCUUUUUUGAUGGUGAUAUCAAAACGGAGAACCAGCUUAUGGCCAUUCUCCGAGGCGAAGAGAUUGUCUUUUGA